CCCAGAAAAACGAUAUCGCCAACUCCUUCCCGUUUCAUGUUCAGCUUGAUCCCAACUACCAACUUUACUGGAACUUUAACGCUACGCACAUUACGUUUAAAACAGACGUAAAAACAAAAGGCUAUGUGGGUUUUGGAAUCUCCAGCAACGGGAAGAUGUUCCCGGCCGACGUGGUGAUGGGCUGGGUCAAGGAUGGCGUCUCCCAUUUCUCGGACCGGCACACCACAGCCCACGCCGCGCCCUCUGUAGACACACAACAAGACUGGACGCUUCUCUCUGCCCACGAGACCCACGACUCCACAGUUCUCACAUUCCAGAGGAAGUUGGAGACCUGUGAUGAUCAAGAUAUCGCUAUUGUGGAAGGAACCACCCGCGUCAUCUUCUCCUACCACCCGUCUGACCCGUCUGACCCAUCUGACCCGUCUGACGUGACCAGCAUCCCGUACCACGGGUCUGAGAGGCGUGGAGCCCGCUCCUUACUCCUCCUUGACCCCCCAGCCUCUGAGUCCAAGACCCCGCCCUCUCCGGCCAGCGUGAGGACUUUGGAGUUUCUCAACGGGAAUUUCUCUGUCCCAGGCAAAGACACAUUCUACCACUGCACGUCCUGGGCCUUGCCCGACCUGGGAGGAAAACAUCACUUGAUCAGGUACGAGCCGAUCAUCCAGCCAGGCCACGAGAAGCUGCUCCACCACAUCCUCAUUUACUACUGUCAGGGCAAGGUGGCUGCCUCAAUGGCUGGCCGGAGCUACGAGUGUUAUGAAGAGACGCCCCCUCAGCUUGGGUACUGCUACUCCGUCCUGAUAGCUUGGGCAGUCGGGGGGAUGGCUUUCGACUUCCCUGAUCACGUGGGCCUCCCACUGGGCACUGAUGCUGACCCGGGCUUCUUUGUCAUGGAAACACACUACGACAACCCGGCCAUGAGGUCAGAUUUUGUGGACAAUUCGGGUAUCCGUGUGACCCUGACCAAGGAGCUGCGGCCUAACGACGCCGGGAUCCUGGAGAUGGGUGUGAACGUAGACACCAAUCAGGCCGUGCCCGCACUCACUAAAGAGAUGCUCAGUGUGGGGUACUGCAGCGCCGACUGUAUGGCUGAGUCUUUUGGCACCUCAUACAACCAGACCUCCCUCCAUCCCUCUGUGCCAUACGUCGAGCCGAGUGCCUGUAAUUGAACCGCAGUAUCUAUUCGGAGAUGUCUCCAACAGAAACAGACCAAUCAAAAUGUUUUGUGCCUUUAGACCAAGUAAAAA